AUGAUCGAUAUAUAGCUAGCUAUAUAUUUUAUAUAUAAGUAUACAGUUAUUAUAUGAAGAUCAGUUUAUAUAGCUGCAUUACUUUUGGGCGCAAGUCGCGAGUUUUGUGUUGCCACAAGUACUGCUGAAUCAGUGAAUGAUCUCUGUGAUUUCUAUGCCAUGUGUAAACAUGGCGGUGUGCUUGAAUAAGUUGUUCAACCCAUUUUCCACAUGCCUAAUGUUCAUAUUGAUUGUUCAUUCAUCGACAACAAACAAUAAUAUCAGCGACAGUCAGAUCGAUAGUAAUGGCUACGUGGCUUACUGUCCAUGUAUGGGUCGCUUUGGAAAUCAGGCAGACCACUUUCUAGGAUCACUAGCGUUUGCACAUGGGUUAGACAGAACAUUAAUUCUUCCACCUUGGAUAGAGUAUCACCACGAUAGAAGCUCUAGAGUAGAAAUGGUUCCAUUUGACACAUACUUUAAAGUGGAAGCAUUACAGGAAUACCACAGAGUUAUAACCAUGGAGAAAUUCAUGAAGCUAUUUGCAGCACGAGUGUGGCCAGUAGGCCAGAGAAAGUCAUUGUGCUACAUGGCACGCAAGUUCAAUGACGACAUGAUCGACAAUGAUUGCAAUGCGAAGGAUGGCAACCCGUUCGGACCAUUCUGGGACAACUUUGGCAUCAACUUUGUCUCAUCCGAGUUCCACCAACCACUCUUCUUCAACACUCAAGAUGUACAUAUCCUUGAUGCAUGGCAGGAGAAGUUUCCGGCAGCGACGCAUCCGGUGCUGGCAUUCACCGGUGCUCCUGCAUCAUUCCCCGUUACUGAGGAGAACAGGCACCUUCACCGCUAUUUGCAGUGGUCGAAGAAAUUCGACAAAGAGUCGGAUGUGUUCAUUGAAGAGAAUUUUCCCAAUCGCACAUUCGUUGGCAUUCAUCUCCGGAAUGGAAUCGACUGGAAAAACGCGUGCGAGCACAUUAACAUGAGUCCGAGCUUGUUUGCCGCGCCGCAGUGCCUCGGCUACAGGCGCGAGAACGGCGAUUCCUACGCUGAGCUUUGCGCGCCGCCACGACACAUCAUACUCACACAGGUGAAGAAAGCACUGAAGAAGAUGAGAACGGGAAAUCUCUUUGUCGCAACUGACGUUGACGCCAUGGUUCACGAUUUCAGGAAAGAGUUGAGAGCCAUAAAGGGUCUGAAGGUCGUGCGCGGUCACGCCGACUCGCCGCAUCUCGACCUCGCCGUCCUCGCCAAGUCCACCUACUACAUCGGCAACUGCAUCUCGUCGUUCUCCGCGUUCCCGAAGCGCGAGCGCGACGUCGCAGGCCGGCCGUCGGCGUUCUGGGCGUUCCCGAAGCACGAGUACGUCACGCCGGAGAAGGACCUUCACCUGCAGGUGAUCAGCGAACACGACGAACUGUAGCGCACGGCUAUUCGUUCACCGGAGCGCGUGACCAAGCUCUCUCUCCCUCUCUCUCUCGCUGGCUUUCUCUCUCUUUCUCUCUCUCGCUGGCUUUCUCUCUCUCUCUCUCUCUCG